CAACUUUGUUGAGAGGAAAAGUUUUAACUGGUUGAAGGCUUCUGCUGCACUUCCUGACUUCCUGUUCAGACAAAGGAGUUCUUCUUCUAUAGUUGUGUCAAGGGUCCUGCAAUGAUUUUGUAUCGUUGAAUAAAUUUGGGGGUAGUAACCAGCAAGGCCUAAGAACCCGUGUAAGGCCAUGAUUAAGCUAGGAGUGGGCAAAUCAAUUACUGCUUGAAUCUUAGUUUUAUCAACCUCAACCCCCUGACCCCUCCACUAUAAAUAACAUGCAUGUCCUCGGAAAUGAACCAAAACAGUUCAGAAGCUGCACUUGGAGUCUUGGACUGCUUGAGAAAUAAGCUAUUCUGACGUAGCAAAUGGUUUAAAUUUCUCUAUGGUUGCUGUUGCUGUGCAUUUCCAGGAUUUUAAUGCUGAGGUCCUGCAGUGUCUCACCAUUCCACAUGUAAAUGCCUAUACCCAGCAAAUGGCUAUAUCCCCAGUAAAAUUGAGUUCUGAGGCUGAACUGAGUUACUUUGCAGGAGUCUGGGGCGACAUUCAAUGCAUUGUUCCUCUUACUGAUGCUAAUGAUACAAGUGAGGGUCAAACUAUGAAUGGCACUGCAUGUUAUGAUAUAAUUCUCAUGGCUGAAACAGUGUAUUCGAUGUCUGCACUCCCCGGUCUCUAUAAACUUAUUGAAAAGGUUCCCAAUUAUUCAUAAUAAUGAGUGUUUUUUGGAAGGGUUGUUUUUAUUCUUGAGCUCGUAGCCUUAUUUUACAGUGCACAAGUUGUCCUCAUGGAGUGGUCUAUGUAGCUACUAAAAAGCAUUACGUUGGGGUUGGCGGGGGAUCAAGACGAUUUGUUUCAAUGGUGGAGAAAUAUGUUAAGCCUUCUGCUCUAGCAUCACUGAUGAGUGAAUCUUGCUAUCUUAUUAUAAAUCUACAAUUGCAUAGUUUUUCUCUCGGUAUUCCUAUAAAUUAUAUGUUGAAUUUAUUGCCUUUUCUUGAUUAAUAGAAAGGUAAUGCGAAUAUGCAAUAGUGUGAUGGAAGUAGAACUUCUCCGGUUUUUGUUUUUCUUAUUAGGAAAUGCAUCAUAUGGAUGAGAUCAUUCAAAAGGUUUUAACUUUAGGUCUCUUGCUUGACAUUUUUGUAAGCCCGUGAUUGGGGUUGGUUAGAGCCUUAGAGGACUUCGGGGUGAAUGAGAGAAAAGUGAAGCAGUUUGUUUUGUUG